AUGAGAGCUCCGCCGGCCCUGGUGGCCGCCAUUUUGGUUCACCUGGUCCACGCGGCCCAAGCGGCGAAUCGUCUGCCAGUUUCCAGGCUGGGGCUGGAGAACCUGCACCCGUCCUUUCUGCACGAGCUGAGCUCGCCCUUCACCGAGCAGGUUUACGACGAGAGUCCCGCGACGGAAACCGGAGCCACCCCCGAGCCCAGGCCCUACUUCGAGGACCCCGACGGCAACAUCACCGUCCAGCUCGGUGCCGACGUCUACAUGCACUGCCGGGUUCAGAACCUCCAACAACGGACGGUGUCCUGGGUCCGCAAGAGAGGAGACGAGCUCCUUCUCCUCACGUUCGGCAUACAGGUGUACUCCACCGAUUCCCGCUUUUCCCUGGAAUACCUGACGCCGAACGACUGGCGUCUCCUCUUGAGAUCCGCGACGGAACGCGACGCAGGGGUCUACGAGUGUCAAGUCAGUGCGCAUCCCCCAUUAGUCAGGGUGGUACACCUGGCGGUCUCUGUGCCCAAGGUGGAGAUCGUCGAUGAGCAUGGGGCCACUGCAGGGGAGAAGUUCUAUAAAGCGGGCAGCACGAUAGAGCUGAAGUGCGUGGUCAGCAAAGUGCCGCACCCCACAGGCUAUGUGACAUGGCGACACGGACUUCGCACCCUCAACUACGACACCACUCGGGGAGGAAUCAGCGUGAAGACCGACAUGGGUGCCGAAGGUGCGGUCUCGAAGCUCUACAUCGCCAACGCCAACACGAAGGACAGCGGGAAUUAUAGCUGCGCCUUGGCCGACGUCGCUGCUACCACGGUUUCCGUCCACGUGUUGAAUGGGGAAAAUCCGGCGGCCAUGCAGCACGGGGGCGGCGAGGUCUGCAAAUCGGCCGCCAUCUUGAUCGCGUCUCUGACCCUGAUGUCUCUUUUGAGGUGACCAUGAGGCGACUUCCGGUGCGCGAAUUCCCGACAAGAUUGGUGCUAAAAUCUCGGAGGAUCACGCCGAGAGCGUCGGAGAGAGGAGACUGUUCCGGGACACUCUCCGGUUCUCCAGUUCUAUUUCCUAAGAGAAUAAUAAAAUAAACACGCCGGACUCGUCGCCAUCAUUCGGCGAGCAGUGAUUUUCUAUUCCAGUGAGAUGAGGAUGAGUCGAGGCUACGAGUUCCCCUGGCCGGACAUAUCCGCGGAUGAUAAUCGGAUGGGGCUCUUCAAGGUUCACCCGAAACUCUGCAAGAAGUCUUCGAGAAAGAGGAGGCGCCAAAACUUGAGGAACUGUAAAGAACGGGCAAGCAAGAAAUAAAAGAAAAAACAAGAAAAAUUGAGGAAUCUCCGUGUAAUCCCUUUUACAAGAAAAUGGGAGGAGAUUCCAAAAUUGAAGAUAUUGCAAUUUCCUCGGGAGGGAAAAUUCGAAUGGGGAUGAAAAGGCCCUAAAAUCGGAGCCGCUGCAAAAUCUUGUGGAGGGACGUUUCUUUUCAAGAUGGCCGCCCUGCAAGAAGAUGGACUCCGUGUUCGGCGCAGCGGAGAUUCGAAAGUGACUUUAUAGGGAGACUUUUAUCACUCGGGGGUGUAAAUCCCGGUUUUAUGCAGCUCCUAUCAUCGCGGGUCCGCGGCGGGGAUGGUAAUUAUUUCCACCCCUUUCGCUCCACCCUUAUGGCCGUUAUAUAUCUGCCGCGCGGAGACCAGGGGUGCUUUCAUAAAUCCUGAAAAUGGAAACGUCGCGGCGGGAUGUAUUAUUUAUGACGAGUCUCGUCGAGCCAAUAAACGCCGAACGUACCGGGAAUGUUUCACGGGGACUUGUUGAUGUCGAUGGACGCUCUUCAAGGUGGACGCGUCGCUUCGGGUGCUCGAAAUGCCGCAAUUUCUAUUUCCACCCGAAGGUCUCCCUCCCCUGAAUGCAACAGAUUAUCGCCGGUUUCUCGAGCUUUAACUCUUAACUCCUGACGAUCGGUCGGGAUUAUUUCCUAAACGGUCGUUAAAAGUUCCCGAUGGAAUUGCGCGAGGUGAGACCGAGGUCGGGCAUUGCCGAAGUUGGGAUGAAGAAGUAGAGUAAAUCCCUGUUAUUAGAGCUCCGACGACUCGAAUGAACUUACGUGGGGCUUAGAUCCUGCCAAAAGACUCAAUUGCAGGUUACGAUUCCGCUAUCAUUUCUUGCAAUACCCGAGGACCGUUUAUACAAAUUAUUGGCAGCCCAGUUUUCACAUUUUCUUCCACUCUGUAAAAUUUUCUCGGGGAUGAUUAAUUUUUUAGAUUUUCUUUUCAGUCUUUCCGCUCCUUUCCUAAUAUUUGAUUCUUGACGAACAUAUCAGAAUUCAGAUCGUGGGACAUUUCCGGUACCCCUCGAUGGCCUCGCGGUUUGGCGAUCGAUGAUCAUCGGCUAUUAUCGGCGAUCGCGUAAUCGCUAAGCGAGCGCAAUGAUGCGCGGUCGAGCCCCCGUAAAUCAUCGUAAUAUGAUAAAUUAACAAAUGCGUUAUUGGGCGCAGGUGCAAAAUAUUUCACGGGUCGCGGGGCUGGCGACGUUCCCGUAACCUAUGCCCCCGAUAAAUUUAAUUACCAUUUUACGAGGGUGACAGAACACGGAAGGGUGAAUCGGCACCCCUCGAUUGUUCGGCCCCAAAUCACCGGGAAACAAUUGUUAAUACACGGUUAGGAUCGCUAAUAGAAGCUUGAACACCUGAAACAGGUGAUUACAUCCAAGCAAAGAGUCAGAACUCUCUAACUACCGAAAUCCAGGAUUUUCCCCCGCUUAUAAUUUUCGCAAUUUUCACUCACGUGAUAAUAUUAAAUGAUCGCAUUAUUAAUAUAAAUAAGACUCGAGAAAGGUGAAAAAUGUCAGGCUUAAUUUUCGCCUUCGUUACUCAGUUUAUUUGUAAUUGUGCGAUAUUCGAUAUGAAAUACCGAAAUAAAAAGCGAGCAGGCGGUGAAAUAAAAGUUCUGGAAAUGUUUAAAGUUUUACGACAAUGGAGAUCGUCAUCUCGAGAGACCUCGGAAGCCAAGAUAGGGUCCUUAGAAUCUUUUCGACCGAGUGCGCGUAAAUGUGUUAAUUAAAUGCGCAAUUGCAAAUUACCCAGGACGAAACAACGACAAUGACCGGAGUUUACGGGUAGCCGGUGUACCACGAUUGACAACGAUUGUAAAUUAGUAUAAAGGAAAAAAAGAAAGAAACAGAAAAACCGAAGAAGAAGAAAAAUAGAAGCCAGCUGUGGCGUCGAAAAGCCAGCGUUAAAUCCCGCCGGAGUGCAGCUUAAGGGCGAGUGCAGGGGUGAAUGCAUCAAAAGGUGCACCGGAGGCGGACUUGGCGCGAGAGGCCGGGAACUCGAUUAUUUUAUUUAUUUAACUUCCCUAGAGCAUAGAGAAAAGAAAAAUUAUAAAAAAAGAAGCUACUGGGCCGACAUUAAUACGUAAAGAAUUAGGGAGGCAGGUGUGCGAAAAAAUGCGACGGGUCGCUCGAUCGGCCUUUGCGGGGUGAAAUCACCUUAAAGUCGGCCCCAUGGAUGAGCAUGGUGGUCCCGUAUAUAUCACUUUUCGAUUCGUUGAUUUUUCUAUUUUGUCAAUUUUAUAGGUCGAGAGAUCGACCAUCUUCAUUUCCGGGGGCGAUCGUCGAUUUCACGUUUUUCGGGAAUUCUGUAUAUAAACGAUAUAUCCUGUAUCUCAUAGGAUUAAGCGAUCAAGGGAUAGGCUGUUAUCGGGACCCCCUGCUCAUCUCUGGGGUCGAUGGGGACCCAUGGGGGUCGCCCGUUUCCUAUACAAGCUGUAUAUGGGGGGCUGCGAGGCGCAGUUCGGACAGUUCGUUACGUGUUUAACUAAUAAUCCAAAUCGCUAGAUAGUGACCCAUCGCCUGCGAGGAAAGAGCAGGUCCGACAAAAUGCCGGACCUGGGAACCCUGGCCCAUGGGGCCCCGUGGCCCUCUUCCAUUUUCUCACGUCUCAUCCAUAGAUAAGGUUAAACCGCGCGUCUCCGCGAGAUAAGCGAAUCGCGAGACACUGUAACUAUAGUUAUUGGGCACUAAUCAACCAUAGGCGAUCAUGGGAUUGCUCUCAUUCGAUGGCGAAUCGCGGGACAGAGAGACACUUUAAUGUUGGUAUUCGCUGUUCACUAUUUGUAACACUCGAGAGGAAUACAAUAAAAUUCAUAGUACGUAA